AUGCCAGUAUUUAAAACCCCGUUCAACGGCUACUCCGUCAAGUUCAGCCCCUUCUACGAGUCUCGGCUCGCCGUCGCCACCUCCCAAAAUUUCGGCAUCCUCGGCAACGGCCGCCUCCACGUUAUCGACCUCUCCCCGGCCCCGCUGGGCCCCGCCGCACCCCACCAGCCAAUCACCGAGCUCAUCGCCUACGACACCGCCGAUGGCGUGUACGACGUCGCAUGGUCCGAGUCCCACGACUCCCUCCUAGUCGCCGCCAUCGCCGACGGCUCCGUCAAGCUCUACGACGUCGCUCUGCCCCCCGCCUCCAACCCCCUCCGUUCCCUCCAUGAGCACACGCGCGAGGUCAGCUCCGCGGACUACAACCCCACCCGCCGCGACUCCUUCCUCACCGCCUCCUGGGACGACACCGUCAAGCUGUGGACCGUUGACCGGCCCGCCUCCGUCCGGACCUUCAAGGAGCACGCCUACUGCGUCUACUCCGCCGUCUGGAACCCUCGCCACGCCGACGUCUUCGCCUCCGCCUCCGGCGACUGCACCCUACGCGUCUGGGACGUGCGUGAGCCUGGCUCCACCAUGAUCAUCCCCGCUCACGAGCUCGAGAUCCUCGCGUGCGAUUGGAACAAGUACGACGACUGCUGCAUCGCCACGGCCUCCGUCGACAAGUCUAUCAAAGUUUGGGACGUGAGGAGCAUUAGGGUUCCAAUCUCGGUGCUCAAUGGCCACAGCUACGCGGUGAGGAAAAUCAAGUUCUCGCCGCACAGGCAGAGCUUGAUGAUGUCGUGCUCAUACGACAUGUCGGUUUGCUUGUGGGAUUAUAUGGUGGAGGACGCACUGGUAGCUCGGUACGACCAUCACACCGAGUUCGCGGUUGGUGUGGAUAUGAGUGUUCUUGUGGAGGGGCUUCUGGCAAGUACUGGCUGGGAUGAGCUUGCGUACGUUUGGCAGCACGGGACCGACCCCAGAGCGCCUUAA